UUGGGAGAUCGAGGCUAUGUCGAUUUCAGUGAGUGAUGUGUGUCACUAUCCGAAGUCGUACUGUUUGAAUGGCCGGAAAUACUGCUCCGCAAUGGCUCACGGUGAACACGAGCUGUCAGAGUUAUAUCAUCUCAUGUGACUAGCAGUGUAUGGAGUAAGAGGUCAGCUACACAGUUAGCCGCCAGAAGUCACCUGCCGUGGGUUCAGGAUAGCUUCAGAUCGCAGCCUGCCGCGAUAAGCAAAUUCAUUGUAUUCACUCCAAAGGAAACUCGGUCACUCAGUGAAUGAAUACGGGAUUGUCUACCUGUGGAUUAUACACACCUACAUACAGGUACGUGGGACUGUUUCCUUCCGCCUCGGAGUCAUUGUCUUAUCUGUGAAACGUUAGUGGAAAUCUCUCUCCACGCCAUGCCGACGGUCAGUGUUGGCUUGGCUUCGCAGGCCGUCUUACCUUGAUUCACCUGACUGAAUCGGCGUCCCCCAAUGUAAGGCUAUGGGAGGGGGAGCUUCUGUGCAAGUUCUCAUGGUGGGACUGGACACUUCUGGAAAAACUACAAUCUUAUAUCGCCUGAAAUUCGGCCAAUACAUGAACGCUAUACCAACAGUUGGUUUCAACUGCGAAAAGGUCGAAGGAAAGUAUGGCAAAGUAAAAGGAGUGACGUUCACGAUCUGGGACGUCGGUGGAAAGGAUAAUAUGAGGCCGUUGUGGAAGUCGUACUUGCGCUCUGCGGAUGGGAUUAUAUUUGUUGUGGACAGCAGUGAUAAAGAGAGGAUUGAGGAAGCGAGAAUCGAACUUAUCAAGUUUGUUAAGUCUCAAAACACUAACAGUCUACCUUGUCUCGUUAUUGCGAAUAAGCAGGAUUUACCCGAAGCGUUAGACCCGUCGGAGAUAGAGACGAUGUUAUCCCUCUCCGACAUCUCGCGGAGUCAGUUGUGUGAGUUGGCUUCUGCCUGUGCUGUAACGGGGAGGGUCUCCCCGAAGCGAUGGACACGAUGUAUGAAAUGAUUAAGAAAUGGAAAAAGGGCAAAUCGGGGAAAAUAGCGAGGUGACAGAAUUUACAAGUAUUAGUACUACGUAACUGCUUAUCGUGCACUUCCAUGGUUCGGCGAUCGUCAGCGUCACUAGCGAGUAUUGUGCUAUUCUUCCACACUCCGUCAUGACGACAACGACGAUGGCAACAUCAACAACAGCAUCGACUUCGUCAAUUCCUCAUGCGGGACCAAUAUCGUGGUGAUUACCUCACAUCAAAUGUGUCGUGUUAGAUAACAGCAUCUGUGUUCACAUUGUUCAAUGUAUGUUGUUAGUUUGAGAUCAUAAUCUUUCACGCACAGUCCGACUACAACGAUUCAGGAAUAUAUAGUUCUAGAAAUCCCAUGUGUCAAGUAUUAACCUCUGGGUUGUAUCUAGUGGUCACUCGCUGACUGACCAGUGCUGGUCACUGUUUAGAUCACUGUAUAGCUACAUUCGUGUAUGUUGCAGUGGAACGUUGCUGACACCCCUGUCAAUCAACAACUGACAGGUCACGUGCUUGUGUGCUGAUAUUCUGGUGAUAUUUGUGUUUUUCGUACAUUUCAGUUCAACAUGCUAGAUUCAAGAUGGUGCAUUAAUACUCGUCAUCUUAAUUUUAAACGGACAUUCCAAUGUUUUGACUCAAACUACCUUUGAAAUUAUUUUCAAAGGCAUGCAAUAUUAUUAUUUAAUAAACGUAUUUAAUCCUA